AUGGAUGAGUACUUGUUUCGGACGCAUCUUGAACAGUGCAAAUUCGUGGAGGAGACCACUUCCUGGAUUGAGAUACUUAAUUACUCGGAUGAAAGUCUGAACACCAUCGAUGAACACCGAUUCGGACCUGAUGAGCGACGAGUCGAAUUCCACAACUUUCUACACCGGCGGGGUGUCUUUGCUCCCAAGAAGCUCAAGGAAGGAGUACAACUAUUGAACGGAGUUCGUCUGAUAGUACAAAAGGAUGCGAAUGAAGAUGAAACCUUUGCACCUCUUCACAUUUCCCUCAAACCCGAGGACUACUCAAGCAUGGUCGAGAUCAUGCGGUUACCCUAUCGUGCUAUAGAAGGAACCAGUGUCGUUGGCCCCUUUUUCUGGGCAGCUCUGGAUUAUGAUGAAGAUGAUCCUCACUUGCAAAUUAUCUUCCGCAAAUCCGAUGUCCGCAAAAAGGGCAAAACCCGCGGCUGGGAGCUAAUGCUCUCGCACUCAUUCAACACCGGCAUCACCUCGGGUUUUGUCAAAGGCACGCCCUCCUCCGACAUCAGUGUUUCCAUCAAGACUCUCUUAGCGUGCGCCUCGCAAGCCAUGCACCCCUUUUUGCUCCCCAUGAUCGUUCUGUCUCACGACAUCUCCAUCAAGACGGACAUGAAGCAGCGCGAAGCACGCGAGUGGCUGCGCCGGCUCGAGCACGCCGUCAGCAUGCGACAAGAAAUUCUGGAGGAAGAGAGCAAUUACAUUAAAGAGACCAUGGUCGACCUCGACCAGAUCAACCGCGACUUAGUGGAGUGCCAUUCCCAAGUUCUGUGGAAGCGGCCGCAGGCGUACCAGGAAAUCGUGCGCUCCUUCGGCAUCACCCUCGAACAGUUCUGGUCACUCGCUAAAGAGCGCCGCGAGAUCUACGGCAAGGAUGCCGAAAAGCUUCACAACAGCUUCGCCUCUCGCCUCGAUUUUUUCAAUGCCAAGUUAAAAGGCAUCGAGAACUACGCGCACAUCACGCUCGAGCGCCUGUCGAUCCAGCGCGCGGCACUAUACAAUAUCAUCGCCCAAAAAGAAUCUAAACUGGGUCUGCAAAUGGCCGUCGACCAGCGCAAGCUCGCCCACGCCGCCAAACGGGACGCGACCUCCAUGAAGUCCAUUUCGCUCUUGGGCGCCAUCUUCCUUCCCGCAACCUUGCUAGCCUCCGUCUUCUCCAUGACCUUCUUCAACUUCCAAGACCAAGAUUCCGAUUUCAGCCCCGCCGGCGACGACUCAGCCGCGGCUUCUUCCGGUGGAGACAGUGCAGCAGUAACAAGAACAGUCUCCCCCUCGAUAUGGGUCUACUUUGCCAUCACGAUCCCAAUCACUUUGAUCAUCGUCGUAACCUGGUUCCUGUGGGACAAGAAGCGCGAGGCCGCGUACGCGCAGGAAGACAAGGAUAUCGAGAAGGGCAUCGAUAAGAUGGAGCAGAAGAUCAUGGCGGAGAUGAGGAAGAGGACGAUGAGCACGGCGAGGACGUGGAAUGUUGUAAAGAGUUAG